AUGGCCGCCGAGAAAUCGAAUCUGAAGCAACUCUCCCAAAAGCAGAAACAAAAGCACCGGCCAGCUGCCCUUUCUCUCAAGAAGAAAGCGAAAAUGCAAGACAUGGCAGUCGACAUCUUGAGUCCUGGGCUCAACCCUUCUCAAUUAAAUAAUGAACAGAUAUCAACAAUCCAGCUGGCACAAUCCAUUCAACAACAGCAGAAACAUCUCAUUGCCGCAAAGAACAAGCUUCAAAAAGAUGGGACUGCUAACGUCACUUUGAUCCCGCAAUCAAUACCAAAGAAAAGAGGGCUUGAAGUGUCAACUCCGACAAUCAUUAUUGAACAAGUAUCUGAUCCUCAAACAAACGACAUAAACUCCGGAACUCUCUCGCCGUUACCGUCUGCUAAGAAAUUCAAAAGAAGUAAAGCCCCUCCUCCUUUGAAAAUAUCACAAGAUGCAAAGACCAUUGGCCCAUCUAUUCAAACAGCUCCUAUCAGAAAUGGCUCGCAAUUCCAAUAUGGCAGUAAAGUUGAUUUUAUCAAUAACUCAAGGGUAAUAAAUCCGGCAUUAGCCAAUAGAAGACCAAUGGCUUCUCCUUUCAAUAUGAGAUUCCCAGCUCAGAUGCAACAACAACAACAACCACAAGUUGUCAAUUUUCAACAGCAAACUGUCACAGGAGCGACAGCGGCCCUUCAAUCGCCUUUGGCCUCAGCUUAUUUUGCCCCAAGAUAUUAUCCUGUCAUUCCUAGUGGAUCUGUUGCCACCCCGGUUGCCUUGACUCCAAACCCUUAUAAUAACCCCUAUUAUAGAUCGUUAUUUAUGAAGGGUGCCAAGUUGACCACUCCUAGAAACCCAAACUUUGGGGCGAUCCCAAUGGUUCCAUGUGCUCCAAUUCCCGCAGUUCAUGUACAAACCCCAACUAGUGGUAUCAAUGGCACCACCACCCCAAUAACUCCUUUGAAUCAUGGCUUCCAAAAACGUCCAAUAACCACAGCCUCCCAAAAUUAUGUUAUCAACGGCAAUGAAUCGUUUUCUUUAUCAGAAUUGAAUAAAAAAAUCGCCAAAAAGGGAAGCUCUGCGAAAGACCAAUCGGAUGACAUUACUACUUCGUCCUCGUCCUCGUCUCUCAACAAAAAGAACCUUAGUAUAACUAAGCCGGUGAACUCCACUUCCCUUAGAAAAACUUUGCAGUCACCUUUGAAUUCCAACAUUGUUAAACAAACCAUUUCCACUAAUAAGAGAAAAUCUUCUGGAGGUCCAAAGACCCCGAUCAAUAUGCAAAAAUCUAAUACCCCUCAUGUCACCGACGUGUUUCCUGGAGAAAUGACAAAAUUUGCCCCAGUCUCCAAUCAACCAAUAUCUGCUCGGGAAGAACAUUUUGAUUUUGGAAUGUAUAAGGAAGAACCGAUUUCAAGACCAGAAGUAAAGGAAUCUAAGUCAAGGAACGACAAAAUAAGCGUACAUGAUUCAAUUACAGAAGAAGAUGAGGAAGAUGUGGAAAGUAGAGCCAUCGAAGAAGACUCUAGGAUCAAUAUUGAAGCAGAAGAAGAACAUAAGUUAUUGAUUACCGCUAAUGGUGGUGAUUUCGAAGAUUACAAGAUUGACUUGCGAUUCAAGACAGAUUUUGCCAAUAAGUUGACCAAAUUCAAAUUUAAACAGAGUGAAACUAUUCGUCCUAAAGUUAACAAGAACGGAGGAUCAGGAAGCGAGGAAAAGAAAGAAUUCUUGAAAGCUUGUGAGGAAAUUUGGGACCAAUUGAUGGUGGAGAAGCAGAAUAAAGCUUAG